AUGCAAGACGAUACGGGCCACAUUACGUCGGCUAUCAGGCCUGGGGAACUCGAAAAGGUCCAAGGGCUUUGGAAGUUUCAGGUACAACGUGUCAAGGCACAGACUUGGGCUUAUCGGGAUAUCAAGUUCCUAGUGUAUGAUGACACCGCCGACGCGGACGAGGGCGACUCGAAGACAGGCAAGACCAGCGAAAACACCGCGAUCUUCGAGAGGCCUCCCAAGUUCAUGCCGACGAGUUCCGAUCAUGAUUCAUCUGUUGCACCACAAACCCUUGGAGAUGGCGACGAAGAUCCCAUGUUCAAGCAAGCAAUCAUCUCAUAUUUGAAGCAACCGCACUCGGAAGCCGGGCCAGCUGCGGCAUUUGAGUAUCCUCCAGAAGACGACGACAUGGACGAUCCAGAUCUUCAAGAGGCCAUUCGCAUGUCGUUGAUGAGUGACGAUGAAUCCAGCGACGGACCAAUUACGGCGGAUCCUUCGAGGCUGAUUGCUGGAUCAUCUACAGCAUGUAAAAAGACCCCCGAAGACGAGAACAUGGAUGAUCCAGAGCUUCAAGAGGCCAUCCGUCUGUCAUUGAUGAGUGACGGCGAGUCUGGCAACGCACCAAUUUCAGCAGAAUCCGGGCCCUCUGUUGCCAACACAGACGAAGAUGAAGACGUCUUCGAAUGCAGAAUUUGCUCGAAGCUACCCACGUUUCCCCACGACAAAAAGACGCGGAACUUCCGCCUUUUCAAACCAGCGGACGAGUUUCCGCAUCUCGUCACGGAACGGCCAAGCAGCGUCGACGUAUGUGUCCAUUAUGUUGCAGUAUCGUACUGCUGGCCUGAGGAAAUCAAAGACGAGUAUGGAAACACCGUUCCUCCUAUCAUCGAAUCAAAGGUCCGAGAUCUCAACGGUAAGCCACGUGCUGCUCGGGCACUUGACGAUGUUCUCGACCGUGCUGUCGACUUUGCUAAUUCCGCCGGGCUUCGCAUGAUUUGGAUCGACCAGGAAUGCCUUCCGCAACCGAAAGAAGAUGGUUCAGAGGAAGACAAGGCGUACCAGCGACUCGGGGUACAGGCACUGGACAUAGUCUACAACAGGGCUAUCGUUACAGCUGGCCUACACGAAUCAACUAUCAGCAAGACUGAGAUGAGCGCGGUUCAAUUCUUGAUAGACCACGAAACUGAAGAACUGCGUUAUUUGAGCCUCCGUCCACAGCUGUUCCAGUAUGCUCUGGAUUUCUUGUACAUGGUCCAAGCAGACAAAUGGUAUACACGAGCGUGGGUUAUUCAAGAAGCGAUCAGUGCCGGCGACGGCUUGGUUCUUGUGUUCAGACGAGGUCCCGGUGUUGUCUACACGUCCAAGCUUCGUGCCGAUCAGAAGAAGUAUUCGACUCCUCGACAUCCACUGGACUCGGAGAGGCGAACUCUCAAGUCAGAGAUUAUCUGCAUUCCUGUAGGCCUCUUUAGGGUCCUUGUCGAAACCUGCAAGUCUCUGCUGGAACAACGUUUUCAGGUUAUGGGGCAGGCUCUAAUUCGAACCAGCACCGGCAAGAAUGCCAUCCCGAUCCUCUCCGUCGCCGAGUCCCUUCAUCCAAAGAUCACAGUGCGCCAGCAUGUGGCCGGUGUCCACGUGUACGGAGGCAAAGUCUACGGUGGCCGUCAAAAGGUGAACGCCGCCACGGCUCUGACGCUGCUGAAGAGUCGUCACUGUCGCGAUGUUCAAGAUCGUCUGACUAUCCUGGCAAACAUGUGCAGUUACGAGAUUCGCUUAGACCCUAUGAGAGUAGCGAAGGAAUGUGAUUCGCUUCGAAUCGGUAUUUUGGCCAUCACGCUGCUGAAUGGAGACACGUCCCUCCUGGUGCCUGAGGUCUAUGACUUCCCUGGCGACGAAGACGGAGAGCCAGACCCUUCUAUGGAUCGCCGCGUGGGGAGCCUUCUGUCACCUUUUGACACGGACUCCAAAGGGAUCAGUAGCUACGCAGUACAAGACGGCAAGCUCGUCAACCCUGCCGUGUACAAACAUAGUUUUGGGGGUAAGAGGAAAGGACUCCAUCUGUGUGCAUAUCUCUGGACAGUCGACGAUACUCUCGAUCUCAGCCCUCUGAAAUACCAAUUCGCCGAGAUCUGGCAUAGGAUGAAGUGCUUGCGCAUCAUCAUGGACCCUCAAAAGGAGGAAUCCGUCGAUGAAUUCGCUAGGCGAAAGGGUUUAAUUACCCAACAUUUCUCAAAGAACUACGUCAGAGACCGGGCGAAAUCGGAAAUCUUUCACCAUGGUGUCAUCGCUGCUGACUCGAGUGUUUGGGAAGGCCUAGAUGCGAGGGGGGUCCAGGUCAAAGCAUACCUUGACGCCUACCGCGUAGAAGCGGAGCCCGAGAUGCAGAAGAUCGUGGCGGAGAUCUUCUUCGCCAUCUUGCGAUACUUGCACGGCCUCUGUACCACUCAGUCUCUAGGCGCCGCGAACAGCAUCUGGCAAUCGAUUCGCACGGAUGCCGUCUAUACACGUAGGCCAGAGAUGCCAGACUUAGUGGGUGAGCAGCUUUUUUCACACGAAGACGUUCUUGUGGACCCUUUCCGAACGCUUCAGCUGGAUAAGGAUCGAGGCGGCGGCUACUAUCAAGCCUGGAUCGUGGACCGGAUCAUGCAUGAGGGUGUCCUCUUCGUCGGCAGGUAUAAUUGCGCUUCCAAUGUCCCGCUGGUGGGAGUGGAUCCUAGGCCGAGCCGCGAUCCAGGGGAAGGCCCAAGUCGGCAGAAUGAUGGCAAAGUUCCAGACAACAUUAUCCAACGGCAAUUCCAGCGACGAGUCCUGGCAACGCUCUACAGUUCUGGGCUCGAAGGAAAUUUCGACGCCCUCGAGGAUCACGAAACCAGGAUCGUCCCGUCCAGUCUGGCUUGGUUCGCAGAAGCUCUCAAGCGAGACCUCUUCACGGCAGAGGCAGAGCAAGCUCGGACGCAGCAGCUCAUAUCGAUCUUCGACGUGGAUGGACCUUGCCUCGUUGCUACCGUCUUCAACUCAGACUGGGAAGUGCUGCCUCGUCCUGAUAUCAGAAGUAUGAGUAUCUGCUGGGUGGUUGAACCGGUGGAGAAGGCCAAGUCAGAGAGCCAUGGGAAGCAGAGCGCCGCUGUCGAUGAAGAGCAACUCAUAAUCGGCGGCAAAGGCAAGGAAUCUGAACGCAUGCCUUUUACAUCUAACACUCAUGAUUUUAUGGUAGGCGGCAAGGGGAAGGAACCUGAGCACUCACCCUCUACACCCGACGCUGGUGAUCUGGGAAUAGCCUCAAACACGGAAUCUGCCGACCCAACUUCGUACAGAGUGUUGGAUAAGGUGAAGGGAAUGUGGCAAAUAAUGGACCUGCCCAUGCAGGAAUACGCCUUCAUCUAG